AUGCGACAGCUGAGUGGUGUGCAUUCUCAGCCUCCCAUUGUCAUUGCAUCAUGUGGCACAGAUGCUGUGUGGGAAGCAAGACCAGCAGGCGGUGUUCUCACCAUCUCCCUGUCGCUCAGAACUGUAAAGCACUCAGUCACCCAUGCCAGAUUACAGACUCAAGGACCUGAGCGAGGAGGAUUCUUCGGAGCCAUUGCGAUUGCGGUUCUGGUUGGUCUCAUCGUGCAUUUCGCCGAAAGGGACAGCUACGACAGGCAGGUCACCUGUGCUUUCCCCGAGACUUGGCGAGAGCUCUUUCAACAGCUUUUUGAAAGGCUGGACGAUGAGCUGAAGGUGGGUGACCAGUACAGUGUGGACAUCGCCUUCUCGGGGCCUCUGACAGACGACCUGGCCGGCCUGUACCUCAGCUCGUACAAGAGGGGCAACGACACAGUUUACCUGGCAACCACACAGUUUGAAUCCCCGGAUGCAAGAGAGGCGUUUCCAUGUUUCGACGAGCCCGCCCUCAAAGCCGUGUUCAACGUGACUUUGCUCAGAAAACCUCCGUUGAUCUCACUGUCCAACACCAGGAUCAGGGCCACAGAGCAAAGAGAUAAUGGUUUUGUGGCAGACAUCUAUUAUCCCACGCCAAAAAUGUCGACUUACCUUCUCGCCUUCAUUGUCUGCGAUUUUAGUCACGUGAAUGGAACGACAAAGAAUGGAACCGAGUUCGGGGUGUGGGCCAGAUCGGAGUUCGCCAGCUCCAUGGAGUAUGCUCUAGCGACUGGAAUGUCGAUCCUUGAUUACUAUGGCACUUACUUUGGAACGAACUUUCCUUUAAGAAAGCAAGACAUGAUAGCCAUUCCCGAUUUCGCCAAUGGAGCCAUGGAGAACUGGGGUCUCAUCACCUACCGGGAGACGGCGCUGCUGUACACGCCAGGGGUGACGUCAGAGAGCUAUAAACAGUACGUCACAGAUGUCAUCGCGCACGAGCUCGCGCAUCAGUGGUUUGGAAACCUGGUGACCUUAGCAUGGUGGGAUGACCUGUGGUUGAACGAGGGCUUUGCUUCCUACGUGGAAUACAUCGGCAUGGACUUCAUCGACAAGAACAACAGCUGGAAAGUGUGGGAGCAGUUUGCAACUGACGUCAUUCAGUCUGUCUUCGUCAUGGAUCAGUUAACCACGUCACAUCCGCUCUACGUUCCCGUAGCAACAGUUAGCGAGAUGGAGCAAUACUUCGACUCUAUCUCAUACGAAAAGGGAGCCUCUGUGAUCCGGAUGAUAAAGUUUUGCCUGGGAGAGGGAACUUUCCAGAGAGGCUUGCAGAGGUACUUAAGGGAUCACGCCUAUGCCAAUGCAAACCAUACUGAUCUUUGGAGAGCAUGGGAUGAGCAAGCGCGUCAGGACGGUCAACAGAUUAACGUGGCCGCCAUCAUGGACACGUGGACGCUGCAGAUGGGUUUCCCUGUCAUCAGACUCACGGUGUCAGCCAACGGCAAGGUCACGGCCACCCAGAAACGUUUCCUCAUCAACCCAGCCGCCAAAGACCCUGGACGCUUUCAGAGUCCAUUCAACUAUCGCUGGCAUGUGCCCAUCACCAUAACAACAAGCAAGAUGGCCAACUUCAAUGUCACAGAGGAGGAUGUCCUGUGGCUGACACCUAAUGAUGACACAAAAGAACUAAACACCAGUAUUCCAACACUGUCUUCCAAUGACUGGAUUCUGGGCAACAUCCAUCAGUAUGGGUACUACCGUGUCAACUACGACACCCGCAACUGGGAAGCUUUGAUCAGACAGCUUCAGAAGGACCACCAGCUGAUUCCGCCAAUCAACAGAGCUCAGAUAAUAGACGACGCCUGGAAUUUAGCAAGCGCCGGUGAGACGGACAUCGCCGUUGCCCUGGGAACCCUAGACUAUCUGGACACUGAAACAGACUAUGUUCCCUGGGAAGCAGCAGCUUUACAGCUAGGAAAACUGAAAACACGAUUAUCUAAUACUGAUGGCUAUGGAGCUCUGAUGAGGUUCAUCACAGACAAAGUCAAGUCACCUUUCACAAAGCUGGGCUUUGAUGACAGCAAGGCGGAGGCACUGGAAUCGUACACUAGGGUGACUGUCGCCAGCCUCGCGUGCGGUGCGGGUCAAAGAGUGCGUGGACUCGGCUCUGCAACUCUUUACAAAAUGGAAGGAGACACCAAACCCUCCUGCUGGAGAUGUCGCUGCAGAACACUGGACAUCAAGCGCGAUGAAGGCACCGGCGUCAUCGCCAGCGUCGCCGCCAACGUCAACGGCAGACCGUUAGCCUGGGACUUCGUGCGUGAGAACUGGGACACCAUCAUCGCCAAUUUUUCCCAGUCGGCCAGCCGCCUCCGUGGGAUGACAAAGACUAUCGCUGAUGGAUUUCACACUCCGUACAAACUACAACAGCUGAAAGACUUCAUCAGCUCGCUGGCCAGUCUUCAAACGGCCGAGCAGGCCCUCAAGCAGGCCGUGGAGACUGUGGAGGUCAACAUCAGAUGGCACGAGGAGGCGUAUCCCAACAUCAUUCAAUGGCUGGAAGGCCGCGGCUAUCACAAAUUUGAAGGUUCUGGAUCAUCAUCAGCUGACAAGCUUACUCUGGAAGACAUUCUCCUGCCUACAAAUCUGCGGCCAGAGCAUUACGACAUUACUAUACAGCCUGAUAUGGAGGGACCGGAUCCGAAGAAAUUUACCUUCAACGGAACCGUCACAAUGACUUUCACCUGCGUGAAUGCAACUGACAAAAUUGUGCUGCAUGCCUCCAUGUCCGGCGGCAACUACAGUGUCAGCAUGAACUUCAAGGGCGACUUGUCAGGUGGUCUGGACGGCUUCUACCUCAGUUCAUACGUUGAAAACAACAAUACAGUGCCCAGUGGAAAGGUCAUGGACGAAUUCCACCCGACCAAGCGAAUGUCUACUUACCUAGUGGCCUUCCUCGUGAGCGAUUUUGACAAAAUAAGCGGCGCGACUGCCACUCACAACAUCUCACUUCAACGCCGGCGCCAUGGAGAACUGGGGGCUGAUCACCUACCGCGAGACUCGUCUGCUCAUCCAGGAGGGAAUGUCGUCUGCCUCGGACAAGGAGAACGCCGCCAUCACUGUGGCCCACGAACUGGCCACAUGUGGUUUGGUGACCUGGUCUCGCCCCAGUGGUGGAAUGACAUCUGGCUUAACGAGGGUUUCGCCACGUACCUGGAGUUCUUUGGUGUGGACCACGUCUUCCCUACGUGGCAUGAGUUUGACCGAUUUGUACUGAUUGCUGCUCACCGCGCAAUGGAUCUCGAUGGACUAACCUCGUCACAUCCGUUGUAUGUCUCCGUAGCAACAACUGCAGAAAUCAAUGAAGUGUUUGAUGACAUCUCUUAUAGAAAGGGAGCAUCAGUUAUUCGCAUGAUCAGCCACGCGCUUGGGGAGCAAACGUUCAAAAAAGGGCUCGAGAACUUCUUGCGAACCCAUCAGUACGGCAAUGCCAGGCACGAAGAUCUGUGGCAAGCACUGGCGCAGCAAGCCAAAACCGACAACAAGUCGCUGGACGUGGCCGCCGUCAUGGACACGUGGACGUUGCAGAUGAACUUCCCGUUGGUGACGGUCCGUGUCAGUGGACAGAACUCCAUCACUGUCACCCAAGAAAGAUACUUAUCUGACCCAACAGCAACAGACACCGGAAAAUACAAAUCACCUUUUGGAUACAAGUGGGACAUUCCUUUUACAUACACGUCCAGCCAAGAAUUGAACUUUACCCUUGAGACAAAGCCAGUCGACUGGAUAAAAAGCUCAGAGGCUUCAAAAGUUAUCACAGCUCGGACUGGUGCUUUGCCUGCGAAUGGGACUGGAUGGGUGCUAGGCAACGUGGCACAAAUAGGGUUUUAUCGUGUCAACUACGAUGUCAGCAACUGGGAGCGACUUGCACAGCAACUGAAGACUGACGCCACGAAAAUUCAUCGUGUCAACAGAGCACAGCUUAUCAACGAUGCCUGGAAUUUAGCAGGCGCCGGACACGUCAGUCAAGAGAUCGCACUGAAAAUCGUGGAGUACCUGGACAACGAGGAGGACGAUGUCCCUUGGAGUGCUGCCAUGAAGCAGCUGGUUUUUGUAGACGCCAUGCUGUCUUCCACUGAAAUUUAUGGAGGCUUCAAGUCAUUCAUAGCCAGUAAGACACAGCGUCUGUUCAGAAAACUUGGAAUGAAUGACACUGGCGGGGAUGUACCGACAUCCUUUUUGAGGUCGACUAUCGCAUCGUUCGCAUGUGGCAGCGAUGUCAGUGAGUGUGUAAGUCAGUCGUUGUCGCUCUUCGCCGACUGGAAAAACGAUUCUUCAGUCAAUAAGAUCUCCCCAGAAGUGCGGGACACAGUUUACUGCACCGCCCUGAGGAAAGGGUCAGUGGACGAUUGGGACUUCCUGUAUGAACGCUUCCAGACUGAGGCCAAUGUUCAUGAAAAAAAUCGUCUAAUGAACCAGCUAGCUUGCUCCAGUCAGCUCUGGAUCCUCAGCAGACUCAUGGACCGAGCAGUUUUGAAAGGCGAGGUUCGCGCGCAGGACGCCAUCUCGGUUUUGUCGGGUGUCAUCCAAAAUCCCAUCGGCACGUCUCUGGCUUGGCAGUUUGUACGAAACAACUGGGAUGUCAUCUUCAAAAGGUACAAUAAUGUCGUGUUCACUCUCACCAAUCUUGUCAAGGCACUAGCGGGUAGAUUCAAUACCCGUACACAGCUCGAAGAAGUACAGAAUUUUAUUGACACCCAUCCUAAUCUUGGCACUGCUACCCGUGCAUUCCAAGCUGCUGUAGAAACUACCCGCAACAAUAUACGGUGGAUGGACAAAAACUACGAUGUUGUCAAGAGCUGGCUGGCUGCUUCUAACUACCUGGCUUGAUGGACUCAAAGACACCUUUCCAACACUCGAAACAAAAGUGAUCAUGACUGGGUUCUCUCCGUUGAACUCUGAUGUAGCAAGUUCCUUGGAAAUUGUUACUAUGUAUGAAACGACCAUGGCUGUUUAGGGCCAUCAUCUUUGUUACAAAAUCUUUUGUCAACAUUAUUCAGAGUAUCUAAUGGUCAGGCAAUGUUAAUGAAGCACGAACAAUGGUGCAGCAUUGAAUACUAGACAUGUCUCUACAAUAUAGUUAGAACAAAAGGGCGGACAACACAGUGUUUUUCAUUUCAACAAAGAAGUACAUUAAAAGUUUGUUUUUUCCAAAGAUUUUCAUUAUAAAUGACCUUUCAUUAAUUUAAAUGAUCAAGUUUAUGUAAGCAGUUGUUUGAUUUUUUUAUUACAUACAUUUUGUAUAUAUUAACCUGGUCUUUAUUAUUUACUAUUAUACAGAUGUGUUUGUGUUUUUGAAACCUAUCCCAUGACUUACUAUAUAUUGUCAAUAUGCUUUUUGUUGUUUUGUUUAUAUGAGCAACAACUGCAAUACGACUUAACUUGGUCCAGGCUAUAAGUCCCUUUAAUCGCCAUCUCGUUUGUAAUGUACAUAUUGAAGGCGAGGACCUUAAUCAACACAUCAACAACAAGUAAAAAUUGCCAACAACUC